AUGGCCAGCAAUCUUUCCCAACCUGAUCCCGUGCAGCUCUGCUAUGAGAAUGUGAACAGAUCUUGUAUUAAAUCUCCCUACUCGCCUGCAUCUCGGGUGAUUCUGUAUGCAGUGUUCGGCUUUGGGUCUUUAUUGGCUAUCUUUGGAAACUUCUUGGUGAUGACUUCAGUUCUUCACUUCAAGCAGCUGCAUUCGCCAGCCAAUUUCUUGAUCGCCUCUCUGGCCUGCGCGGACUUUCUGGUGGGAGUGACCGUGAUGCCCUUCAGCAUGGUCAGGUCCGUGGAGAGCUGCUGGUACUUUGGAGCCAGAUUCUGUGCCCUUCACAGCUCCUGUGAUGUGGCAUUUUGUUACUCUUCUCUCUUCCACUUGUGCUUCAUCUCCAUCGACAGGUACAUUGCUGUGACUGACCCACUGGUCUAUCCCACCAAGUUUACGGUGUCUGUGUCAGGGGUCUGCAUCAGCAUCGCCUGGAUCCUGCCCAUGGUGUACAGCGGAGCUGUGUUCCUCACGGGUGUCAGUGACGACGGGAUGGAGGAAUUAGUAAGUGCUCUCAACUGUAUAGGCGGUUGUCAAAUUGUUGUAAAUCAAGAAUGGGUUUUGAUAAGUGUUCUGGUAUUUUUUAUACCUUCCCUCAUUAUGGUAAUUCUUUAUGGGAAGAUUUUUAUUGUAGCUAAACAACAAGCUCUAAAAAUUGAAAACACUGGCAGCAAAGCAGAAUCAGAGAGCUAUAAAUCCAGAGUGGCCAAGAGAGAGAGAAAAGCAGCUAAAACCCUGGGGGUCACAGUAGUAGCAUUUAUGAUUUCAUGGUUACCAUAUACAAUUGAUAUAUUAAUUGAUGCCCUUAUGGGUUUCAUAACCCCUGCCUAUAUUUAUGAGAUUUGCUGUUGGGGUGCCUAUUACAACUCAGCCAUGAACCCUUUGAUUUAUGCUUUAUUUUACCCUUGGUUUAGGAAAGCCAUGAAAGUUAUUUUAAGUGGGGGAUUUUUUAAAGAUAGUUCAUCAACCAUUAGUUUAUAUUCAGAAUGA